AUGCAUGAAGAAACACAGAGCCGCAGAUUAAAGACUGAUGAAACUCACCCGAGAGAGAAAGAUAGACCACAGCGGAAGCUGGCGCCCAUGUCCUUGGAUGUGCGCAAUCCAAAAAUGGCCCAGCACUUGAUCCAAGUUACAGCAAUUCAGCACUUGAUCCAAGUUACAGUAAUCCAUUCCAUGUGUUGCCUCCUCAUCGUUGCCCAGCAGAGCUCAUCAGCCCCAGCCGCGCCUGCACCAGCACUCCCACCAAGCACUCUCUGCAUUCCCCGAGAGCGUGAUGCCCUUCUUGUCCUCAAAGCUGGUCUCACCGAUCUGGGCAACUACCUGUCGUCAUGGCAAGCAGGGCAAGACUGCUGCCAGUGGAGUGGCGUUCAGUGCAGCAACCAAACCGGCCAUGUCAUCCAGCUCCAGAUCAACAGCAAGGAUCCUGACACCAAUCAGCUUGUGGGAACCAUAGGAGGCGAGGUAAGCUCGUCCUUGCUUUCUUUACGACACUUACAGCAACUGGACCUCUCCUGGAACAACUUUGGGGGUAGACCAAUCCCAGAGCUCAUCGGUGCCAUCAGAAGCUUGAGGUAUCUUGACCUUAGCUAUUCCAAUUUCGGUGGGCGAAUCCCUCCGCACCUAGGCAACCUCUCAAAUUUGCUUGAGCUUACUAUAAACAGCGAAGAAGCUUCACAAAGUUUAUACUCCCCUGAUCUUGCCUGGGUGUCAGGCCUUGGCAAGCUACAGACACUGAGUAUGUAUAUGGUGAACCUCAGCGCGGUCAUCGAUUGGGCUCAUGCCAUCAACAUGCUUCCAUCUCUGUCGGACCUUGAUCUAAGUUCCUGUGGACUUCAGAACAUCAUUCCUGCCCCGUCGCAUGUAAACCUCACGUCCCUUGAGCAGCUCUAUCUCAGUUCCAACUCAUUUUAUUCGUCUCUCGGAGCCAAGAACCUGUUCUGGAAUCUACCGAGUCUCCAAACGUUUUGGAUUGCAAACAGCGGAAUCCAAGGUCCUAUUCCUGACACAAUUGGUAACUUGACCUCCCUACAAUAUUUGAAUCUUUACAAUAACAGCAUCACUGGCCCUUUGCCAUCGACCAUAGGGAACCUAAAGAAUAUACAAACCCUGCAACUAUGGAAUAACUUCAUCAGCAUGGACAUAGCAGAACUACUGCGUAGGUUGCCAAAGCAAGGGUUGCAACAACUCUACUUGGAUUAUAACAAUUUGACAGGGAGCUUGCCACCUCUGCUAGGGGAGUUUAGCAGUUUGACAACACUUUGGCUCCGCUACAAUCAUCUGUCAGGAGAGAUACCUGUUGCAAUACGAGAACUCAUAAAUUUGGAAGAGCUGUGGCUAAGCUCCAAUAAUCUGCAGGGUAUAAUCACUGAAGAUCACUUUACAAAUAUGUCUUCUCUACGACAUCUCUGGAUAUCUGAUAAUUCCUUGACUCUGAGGGUAGAGAAUACAUGGAACCCCCCAUUCAGAUUAAUUUCAGCUGGUUUCAGCUCUUGUGUGCUAGGGCCUCGGUUUCCAGCAUGGCUCAGCAGCCAGCCAAUUAACACACUAGAUAUUUCAAACACAAGAAUAAAUGAUUACAUACCUGAUGAGUUUUGGACUGCAACUUUAAGUACUAUCAGUAUUUUGGAUUUGUCAAGAAAUCAGCUUGUUGGCAGGCUUCCCACAUAUUUCAGCAGUUUGAGAGUAGAUUCAUUGGACAUCAGUUCUAACCAACUUGUUGGCCCGAUUCCUAAACUUCCAAACAAUCUAGGCUCCUUAGACCUCUCUGAAAACAAUAUAUCAGGCACACUGCCAUCGGAUAUUGGGGCACCAAUGCUGAGGACACUACUUCUCUUCAAUAAUUCGAUUUCUGGAACCAUUCCCUGCUCCUUGCUUCAGUUGCAGCAGUUGAAAUUUCUGGACCUAUCAGAAAACCUACUAAACGGGACACUGCCCGAUUGCCUUCAUGGGUCCGAAGCAUCAAAUAUUCAGUUGCUUAACUUGAAUAACAACAACCUUUCAGGAACAUUCCCUUUGUUUCUUCAGAGGAGUAAACAGUUAAAAUUUCUUGAUCUAGCAUACAAUAAAUUUUCUGGGAGCAUACCAUCAUGGAUUGGGGAAAUUUCAUCGGAUUUGUCGUUUUUACGGCUACGCUCAAAUAUGUUUUCUGGUGGCAUUCCCAUCCAAAUCACUAGGAUGAAGGGGCUUCAAUAUUUAGACCUUGCAUGCAACAACUUCACAGGGAACAUACCACUGUCACUUGGAAACCUGGAAGCUAUGACUCAUACUCCCAAUAACAAUAGUGCACUUUUCAGUGUUACCAACACUGGAUUUGUUGGUGUUUUCCUGUACAGACCUGUUCGAACUGAUAGUUUAUUAGUGGUCACCAAAGGUCAACAGCUUGAAUUUGCAAGUGGAAUUGCUUACAUGGUAAGCAUUGAUUUGUCUUGCAACAGUUUAACAGGUCAAAUACCUGAAGAAAUUGGGCUGCUCAUUGCACUGAGAAACUUGAACUUGUCAUGGAAUCAUCUCAGCAGUAGAAUCCCCUCAAGUAUUGGGGGAUUACUUGCACUAGAAUCUUUUGAUCUAUCUCAUAAUGAGCUCUCUGGUGAAAUCCCUAACAGUUUGUCUGAUCUAACAUCACUGGUCAGCUUGAACUUGUCCUAUAAUGAUUUAACUGGGCGGAUACCAUCUGGGAAUCAACUGAGAACUCUGGAGAAUCAGGCAUCCAGCUAUAUUGGCAACCCAGGUCUCUGCGGUCCACCUCUCCCCAACAAUUGUUCAGCAACUGACACAGCUCCGAGUGGCCCUGAAGAGAAAGAAGUUUCGUUCUACCUCGGCAUGGGCAUAGGAUGUGUUGUGGGUCUUUGGACAGUCUUCAUUGCCUUCUUGUUCAAGAGGAAAUGGAGAAUCAAUUGCUUCUCAUUUACGGACCACAUAUAUGACUGGGUUUACGUGCAAGUGGUUGUGAAUUGGGCUAUAAUGACACGAAAAACCUGUCAAAACAGAGAUCAGAAUUAA